AUGGGAGACUACGGAGUAUACAGACUCUAUGCAGAAGAUGAAGAUAUGCAGGUCCUCUCACUGCCUUACGCGGACGAAUCGUUUGCUCUGAAUAUAUUCUUACCGAAGCAAAAAUUUGGUCUUGACGAAGUACGAGCGAACAUGACGGGUGAAAAGGUUCAGCAGCUUCUGUCCGACCUUACAAGGACAAAACUAUCGAAGAAACUAGGUUGGAAAGGAAAGAAUGAUGACCAUGCUGCCGAGGCAGGCUAA